UGAACUGGUCAAACACUCCAAGCUUGCCCAACUUUUCUCAACGAAGAAAGUCCUGUUCUUCCAAUCACUGAAAAGUUCCAAAUUCGUCAUUCAUGACAUAUGCAUUCAAUUAAAAUGACCCUAAAUUCCGACACCAUAUAACUUGAGACUCGACCAUUUUCAUCUCAAAUCUCGCUCAAAUCAAAACCGCUUCUUCGAUUAGUUCUUCUACAAGAUGCAGAGCAGUACUCCUCAAAAACAAGCUACACAAAGUCCGGCACAACAAGUACUACCGGCGAGGACAGUGACGGGGAAUCGGGGACGUAAGAACAACUAUGUCUUAGCAUCUCCUAGAGCCGGGCGGGCGGUUUGUACGUGUUCCAACCAUCCUGGAUCAGUCAGGUGUACCCGGCACGGUUACGCGGUGCCUGAAACGACGUCGAGGAGGCGUUUCGGGAGUAAAGAGGUCUUGGUCAGGAGGGCCUUGACGCCACCUACUCGUAGGUUGAGCCUUCGGUGGUGGAAUUUCCGGCCAACGCCGAGUCGGCUCUCUAACAUGUCUGUGGCUUAACUUGUGUUGAUCCUCCUCAGGUUUGACUUGAGAUAGAUAGUUUGGGUGCCAUCCAUGCAUGUUGGUUGCCGAACUUCUGAUAUGUACCGAAAAGCUUAGAAACAAAAAAGAGAGAGA